CCCCUCCUCUUUUUUCGGCGGAAACCGAUACAACCACCUAAUCCUACGGCUUCUUGUCCCGGACCGCGUGAUGGUCACCAAAGCGGAGAAGAAAAAAGCGAAGCUGCAAAAGACGCAUUUUCAGAUGGGGGAUUCACACUCGCGCUUCUGGCAGUCCAGGUGGGAAGAACGUGGGCGUGAAUGCUUUCACAAUGUCUUGGUGGGCUCACUUUACCUGUUUUUGUGUACGGACUUCACUCCCCACAGCUACAAUGAUGCAUAUAAGCCCCAUCCUCAGAGGUCUGCUGAUUUUUUGCAGAACAGGCAGAAUCGGCUUUACCUGCGGAGUCAUCACUUCGAGCUCGGUGAGGCCAUGGUGACCUCACAUGUUAACCAUAUUUUUUUCACUUGUACGGUUCAUUUAGGCAACAAGAAGCCUGUCUACGAGUCAACACUGAAGCAAGACUUCGUAAGCUUCAAUGUACCCACGGAUGGUCCCUCCUGAGAGACCGACAGACUCUGCCUGCCGUUGCGCUAUGAGUUGAUGUAUUUCAUCUCAAUGGUGCCUUCUGUCCUUCUUCCUUUUCCUUUCCUUCAGCCACCCCUCCAGAGCGAGAAGGAUGGGGUCAAGAAGCUACAGGAGGCCGCAGCGAAAAAGAGGGAAUUGUCUGCAGUUCACUGGUCACUGGGUGACGUCAAUAAGGCGCCUGCCCGCGAGUGAGACAGACAGACAGACAGACAGACAUGCCGCAGAGCGAGCGGAUCGAUCCGCUCGCUCUGCCUCUCUGUGUGUGCGGACACUCAUCCCUCCCUCUCUCUGUCUGUGUGUGUGUCAGGUGGGGGACAAUACGAAACAGCACCAUUGACAGUGCAAUCUGCCGUGCCAUGAAAGAAAAAGGCAGAGGCGAACUGCAUGAAGAUGUCAAGAGGGAUCUGCGCAAGGAACAUUUCGAGCUGGGUUUCGAUCCGACCGAGUAUGAGACCACAGCUCAGAGCGGAUGUGCUGUCAAGAUGGGCGGGGCCGGCGCGGAGCGAGAGGAGGGCGUCAUGUCCUCGAAAGAACGGUAAGACAACAAGCACGCCAGGGACGUGAUGCGUCAAAUGCGGGGUGUCUACAUGUUUGUAUAGAGCUCGGCUGUUAAGGUCAUGCAACUUCGACCUGGGAGGGCAUUCGACUGUGUACAAGACGACUGCGCAGGAGCUUCACGGGUGACAUGGUUGUCUGCGAGAAGCGCUUGCAGAGACACGGUCUAUCACGUGUAUGUGCAGGUGUGAAAAGACUAUGGCCGGCGCACAGGCCAAGGAAGAGAUGAAGCAGUUGAAGCGAGACCUCCUCUGGACAAAGAACAUAUCGUUCGGUACUAUCUCUUGCCUCAAUCUACCUCGAUUCCUCUCCUGGUCUUUUUCGCUCUUUAGGCAGCCUGCCUUGUCUCUAUCAGUCGACUGCUGCCCAUCAGUUUGGGGAGUAAGGCACGAGAAGAAGCAUACCUCUAGACAUGCACAAUUCGAGGAUCCCUCCACUUGUGCAGCAUUGAUGCGUACCUCGACGCAGCGAGACGCCCGGCUUCGUUGAACAAAGAGCUCAAGGGUGGGCAAAUGAUAGAGCAUGAGCGUGAAAAGCAGACAGACCGCACACUUUCUUUCUUCCUUGUCAGGGGAUCUUAGAGCCGUCCACUUCUAUCUUGGAGAGCAGGUUCCGCCAUCAAAGUCCCUAUUUCGCGAGACGUUCAAGCCGUUUGACAUACCAGAAGAGGAGCAGAGGAGGGCACGGCAAGAGAUCCAAGAGCUGAAGAAAGACCUCAGACUCCCUCACUUCUCUCUCAAGCAUUCAGCAUGCGUGCCGUUUGCACCCAACGAGUCUACAUCUCAGGCUGCAUACAAGAAGGUCGACGCCGCAUACUACAAGGCUAUGGUGGGAGGCUGCUACCAACACAUGAAGCAGCACAUGACCGUUGUAUCGCUUGCCAUCUGUGCAGCCGUCUGGCGCUGAGAAGCGCGCGCAAAUUGAUGAGCUGAGAAAGGCCCACUUCUCUCUGGCUGACGAGACGGUCCUGGCCGACAAGACUCUCAACGACCAGCGACAAAUGUCCCUGCAGGUAGUCGCGUUGAUCCAUUCACGCUGUGUAUUGCACGUUAUUUGAGAGAGAUGACGUUUGGCAUGCAGAGAGAGCAAGAACUCAGGACGCUCAAAGGGGUCAACUACUCGAGUGUCGGCAAGCAGGACAUGAGUCGCAUCAAGGCGGUACGCACGCUCGCAGCACAUACUCGCGCACUCUCCUUUGGCAACCUUGCGGGUCAUGUCUCACAGGACUUGAGGGCCGUUCACUUCGAGUACACAAGGGAAUUCGAUGCAUGCCUCGUUAUCGAUUUUUCCGUCCCUUUCGUUCCUUUCCCUCAUCAGAUUUGGGGAUGCCGCCAGGCCCAAGGAAUCGUUGGCGAGGGCAUCUUACAAGCCAUGUGCUGAGAAAUCCAAAGCCACUCGCUUGCGCAAAAUCUCUCUAUCUCUUUGCAUGCAUGCAGUCCCCGGCUCUAGACCAGCAACACUGGCCGAUGCAGUGAAGAAAGACCUACGAGCACAUCAUUUCGAAAUCGGGGCCAAUGGCUACCUGGGUGUGAGAAGUGAAGCGCAUGACGGCCUGCAGUGGAGAGGUUUCGCCCCUGUUGAGUUUCGAGACGACCUAAAGGUCAGAUCAAGGACUGUCAGCGGCACGGGGAAAAACAUGUGUCGUAUGGACUGGACGUUUUCUUAGAGAGAGUUGAGGGCGGUGCAUUGGAGCUGUGGCGAUGAAUCAUUGCCGAAAGACACCACAUCGCGGGCGGCAUACAUCUGGCACAAACUUCCAAUCGAAGAGGAAGAAGACGACGAGGACUUUGUCGAUUAGGUAAUAGGCAUUGUUGAUUGUCGCACUGGGAACCGUCUUUGGUAGGCAUACCAAGGCGGGGAGAGAAGCCAUAGUGUUGCACUAAGGUCAGGGACGACUUUCGUUCAUCGAUCCUUGAUGACAUUGAAACGCAUUACGUGCCCAGCACCCACACAUAUUUCCAUGCAUGUUCCAUUCUCACUCAAGAGGUUGAG